CCAGCACCAGGUAAUCGAUUUGCAUGGGAACAUUUCAAACCACCAAACUCUCCAUCAGAACGUACCCAUCAUGGAUCCAUUUUCUGCAGAGGGCGAAUUGCUGAACUUGCACAACCACUUCCACCAAGGCCAAUUCCAAGAGGCUGUUGAUUUUGACACCGCCGGUCUCUCCCCAGAAAAUGCCCUCCCCGCCAGAGUUCUGUCUCUCCGCGCCCAAAUCGCGCUAGGACAAGCAGAAGAUGUUAUUGCAGAUGUGCAAGGAGAGAAGGAACCAGAGUUGCUUGCUGUUAGUGCGCUCGCCGAGUUAGCCGCUGGCAACGAAUCAAAGGCAGUUACAUUUGCAGAGGGGUUAGCUAAGGAUUCGGGAGAGAAUAGUGUAGUCCAGGUUUUGGCAGGAACUGUCUUGCAGGCGGCAAGAAAUAGCGAAGAGGCUCUGGCUUUACUCUCAAAACAUCAGGGCAAUUGUAUGUUGAGCAGAUCAGCUUGGGAGAGGAUUUGGUACUGACUGGAUUCCAGUGGAGGCAGUUGCCCUUAUUAUCCAAAUACAACUACAACAAAACCGAACGGACCUCGCACUGAAAGAAGUUCAAGCAGCAAGACGAUGGGCUCAGGAUAGUUUACUAGUCAACCUUGCAGAAUCGUGGGUUGGAUUGCGAAUGGUUAGUCGGUCCAUCUCUUGUAUAGAGAAACCCAAGGCUGAUUUGAGUAUUUAGGGAGGAGAGAAAUAUCAACAAGCAUUCUAUGUUUUUGAAGAGCUCGCUCAAGCAGCUGCGACCUCUUCUGUACAAAGCGUCAUUUCACAGGCGGUUGCAGAAAUCCAUCUUGGCCGACUAGACGAAGCAGAGGCAGCUCUACAACAGGCAACAGCAAAAGACCCAAAGCAGGCAGACCUGAUCGUCAACAACAUUGUUCUGAACACCAUUGCUGGCAAGGACACAACAGAAUUAAAGAGGUUUGAUUUGCCUUGUUACUUGUACAGUCGAUAUUCGCUAACAUUUCGGGUAGUACCUUGACCAGCGUUGCCCCUAACCACCACUUCCUGACCGACAUCCAAGAAAAGAGCGAACUGUUUGACAAGGCUGCAACAAAAUAUUCUGCAAAGGCUGCAGCUUGAAAUACCCAGGGAUGAUUAUAAUGUGGCGUUUGAGGAACAAUGGGAUUCACACAAUUUUGACCCUCCAAAAUGGAUAUUUCACAACGACUCUACUGAAUGUGACCUCAGGUUGAUUGUCUUCAGUGAACGUUUUUCUUUCUCUUUAUUUCUGUAUCUGCCCAAAUGGGAAAGAGGUUGUAAUGGUUCUUGAAUCAGCUUGGCAUGAACUUCUUACUUUCCAAGCUUUGAAGGGUGUUAGAGCAUCAUGUCUCUUGUUUCAGGGGUCGUACAGUUAUCUCUCAAGUUUCCUUUCUUUUCCGUCCUUCUUCUUUAAACCAUCUCUUUCCAUGGUCUGGAUGAUCCAGUUUAUUGAUGGUACAACCAA